AACAAAAAAGGAAAAGGAAAAAACAUAGCCCGUAAAUAUACAAGCGACCUGAGAAAAAACCUCACAGCAAGAGAGUGAAUUAGGGCUAGGGUUUUACUGGUAGGGUUUUGUUCUACGCUUCUGCCAGAGGAUUGAGCCAAGAAUCAGCCAUGGCGACCAAAGUUCAGAGGAUCAUGACCCAACCCAUUAAUCUAAUCUUCAGGUUCCUUCAAAGUAAAGCUCGCAUCCAGAUAUGGCUUUUCGAGCAGAAGGACUUGAGGAUCGAAGGACGGAUUAUUGGGUUUGAUGAGUAUAUGAAUUUGGUUCUGGAGGAUGCUGAGGAAGUCAAUGUAAAGAAGAAGAGCAGAAAGCCGUUGGGGAGGAUCCUACUAAAAGGGGACAACAUCACGCUGAUGAUGAACACUGCAAAAUGAUGGUGGCUCUUGGUGGUGCAUGGCUGACAGCUUAUUGUGUGUUGCAUUAGUGUUGGAAGCGGAUUUAUUGGAAUUUCUAAGGACAUUUAUUGCGAUAAUGAUGUAUGUUUAGACUACAAAGGGGUCUCAGAUGGCGCAGCCUUUGUAUUUCUCUCACCUUCCUGCUAUCUUGCACAUGUUUUGACAUGAUUUGUACUUGUAUUCUAUGCUUAUUGGUUGCCUCCGUCUGAUUACCAUGUCCAUAUAAUAUAAAUUUCAAAUCUAUAUUAUAUUUGGAACCA